AACGGAUCCGAGAGAAUCCAUAGCUUAGCGAAGAGCAGCGAAGCCGGGAAGGUUAUUUGUGUGCAUCGAGGUGGGGGGGUGGAGAUGAAUCCCUAGGCAGGGAGGGAGGGAGCCAAGCAUGGAGCGGCCCCCCAGCCUUUGCAUCAAGCUCGAGCCCCAGGAUCCAGAAGAGUCGCUGUUCCCAGAAGAGGCGGCCGAUUCGCAAAGCAGCGGCGAGCUGCGCUCUGGACACGCCCUGCGUCCCUCUGGGAAUGGCCUCGUGCGAGGGACCGCCGUCAAGGACCCCUCUGCCCUCCUCUCCGGAGGCCGCAAGUACUCUGAUCACUGCGAGGAGCGGGCGUCGAGGCCUGGCAAGAGCCGCAUCCCCGGGCGUGACCACCGGCGCUACUACCAUGAGCACUGGAGGGCAGAGUACCUGAUGGACUUCAACGCCGCCCGGCAUGGCAUGAUUUGCAUGGUCUGCGGCAGCUCUCUGGCCACCCUCAAGCUCAGCACCAUCAAAAGGCACAUCCGCCAGAAGCACCCGUACUCCCUGGCCUGGAGCGCCCACGAGAAGGAGGUCAUCAUGAACAGCUGGGACGCCCACCUGGGCCUCGAGGCAGAGAGCGACGGAACCAGAGAGCACCCCGGUGCGCCCGAGGCUCAGGAGGAGGGCCAUGGUGGAGAAUUUCCGCUGAGUAGCGGCCGCAGGAGGCGCCGUGGGCCAGGACCCCUCUCCUCUCGUGGGGGGCGACGGCCGUCCGGCCUGGCCUUGAAAGCCUCCCCAGGAGGGGAAGAGCAGAACUUGGAGCGCUACCUCAAAGAAUCUCUGCAGAGCUGGUUCCAGUCUGAGUUCCUGAUGGACUACGACCCUCAGGGCAACCGCCUCUUCUGCAUGAUGUGCGGCUCUUCGCUGCCCAGCCUCAACUUGGACGACAUCAAGAGGCACGUCAUGGACGCCCACCCCAGCUCGCUUGGCUUCAGCCCUGCCGAGAAGGCCAGCAUCCUGGAGACUUGGAACGCCCGGGCCGUGGUACCGCCUGCCGAGGGCACAGGGGAGGCACCAGUGGAAGCAGAGUCCGAGCCGUCCCCGCAGGACCUGACGAAGAAGGAGAUGGACCCUCCCACGUCUCCAGACCAGCCUGCUGGCGAGGACGGCUCCGAGGAGGCCGGCGCUUGGGACUCGGAAGAGAGCGGCCUUCCCGCCCCGGCCCGGGGGAGGGACCACCGCCGCUACUUCCAGGAGCACUGGCGGGUGGAGUACUUGAUGGACUACAACGGCUCGCGCCACGGCCUGGUGUGCAUGGUGUGCGGGAGUUCCUUGGCCACGCUCAAGAUGAGCACCAUCAAGAGGCACAUUCAGCAGAAGCACCCGGACUCCACCCAGCUGAGCCACCACGUCAAGGCCCUCAUCGUGGAGGAGUGGAACCAGAAGGUGGCCCGCCUGGCAGACGCGGAAGACUCCUUGCCCGAAACAGACGGCGAGGCAGACAAAGUGGAAUCUCAGGCGGCUUGCAACCCCCCUUUGUCCCCUGAGGAAUCUCAAGAGGGCGGGACAAUGCCUGCAGGAGAGGAAGAAGAAGAGGAAGAGGCCCCCGCAGCAGGAAGACUAGCUCCCUCUCAGCAAUCCUCGGAGGCUGCGUCUUCACUGGCCAGUGCCCCGUCCCGGCGGGGUCAGCGCCGGAACUACCAGCCGCGCUGGCGGGUAGAGUACCUGAUGGAUUACGACGAGCAGCGGCACGGGCUAGUGUGUAUGGUGUGUGGGGGCACGUUGGCAACCCUUAAAGUGAGCACCAUCAAGCGGCACAUCCUUCAGGUCCACCGGUUCUCCCUGGAGUUCACGGCGCUGGAGAAACAGACCAUCCUCGAUGCCUACGCCGAAAACGGGCCGGCUCAGAAUCCCAGGAACAUGGGUACAAAGACCUCCCCCAGCCCGGACUCUGAGCCUGCCGAUGUCAAGCCAAGUGUACAAGGUGCAGGGAAAAUGGGGUUUGGUUACAAUUUGCCGGUAUGUACGGUGUAGCCCGUGGACGUGGACUGCCCUCGUGGGGGCAGGGUGGACUCCGUUUACCGACGAACUCGACUUGUUUGUUUUCCUCCCCACCCCUUCCUCCUAUGGAUGGCAGAAUUCCCCUUUGGAAUUCUCAGGUUUCGGAAUUCUGCGACUGGAAUCGGAUAGUGCAGAAUUCUGCAACUGGAAGCGAAUAAUGCAGACGCCGGGGAAGUCUUGGUUUUGCUUUGUCUUUGUUUCUCUCUGCACAGCAUCCGUUUUGAUUUGCAUGUUCUGUUCUAGUGACAAAGGGUUUCUUAAAGGUGUUUUCACCCCCCCCCCGCCCCCAAAGCCCCUUUUCUCUGCACCUGGAUUUUUUUUGUGCUCCCAACUAUUUUGGUAAGGUUUCGGAAAGGUAGGUGGUGUGGCGGGGGGACGCUUCGGUAUUUUCUGAAGUGAGGAUGGUCUGAAAGAGCACUGUCGCGCGGGGGGGGGGGCAGGUGCACUUAAUCGAGCCUCGCGGCCUGGAGGUUCCUGUGGGAAGCAAAGUUGCUGCUACUGUAAGGUGGGGCAUCUCUUUUUCAGCCUGAGGGCCGCAUUCCCUUCUAGGAAUUUUGGCAGUGGUGGGCGGAGCCAGAGCCAAAAAUGGGAGGAGCAACACACACAGGUAAAUGCUCCCUGUGGUUUUCGCACCCUGCUCCAAGGCAUCAAGGGCCGGGUGGUUUGAUAGCUAGGCCUCUCCUUCUGGUCUGUUUGGGCCAGGCCUCAACUGAGCCACACCCAGCUGCCCUAUGUGCGAAAUAGAUGACAUGAGAUGUGGAGGAGAUAAAGAUGUCAUUCGGCCGGAGGAGGGUUUGCAGUUGCCAGAAGCCUGCUGUGCCCUGGGGUUUUUGUUUUUUUGCAAGCCGCCCACCCCAAGCAGGUAAUCAUUGGCCCUUUGUGGCCUGUUCCUUUACCCACACGGUGACCUGACGCCAUUGCGACACCAAGCAGUUGACGAGUAGCUGCCCAAUGUGGUGGGUGGUAAGAUCCAGUACCUCCCUCGCAAGCUGUGCCACGAAGAAUUCCCAUGUCCUCCACAAGUGCCUAGGCCUCGAUUUGAGGCUGUGUAUCAUAUAGCCAAAGGGUGAACAAAUUACGGCCCUUGUCCCCCAUCCCAUACCUAGAAUAUUGCAGAACUUGUAAGAGGCCCUCCUGCUUGAUGCAGCAUAGGCCGUGCUUAAUACACAUUGUUAAAAUAUUUGAAAAGAGGAGUUGGGCUUGUUGUGAGCAUUUCCCCUGUGAUUGCACUUAAGUUGGCCAUUUUGGACUCUCAGAUGAAUUGAGCAAUUCGGCACUUCCUGGACUGUACUAUGCCAGGUUCUGGGGCGGGGACGACGACCCUACAACUAGGUUGAAUCUGUCAUGUGCUAACUUUCUACAUGCAGGGAGGCCUCCCCCCCCCCAAUUCUACCUACAAUGGAACAGUCCAGAAAAAUGUCACCUUGAGUCGCUGAGAGCGUCCCUAUAUCCUGAUUUGCAUUUAUAGCAUUCUGUCAUUGGAUUUUAAUUUCGAUCCAUGUCUUUCCAAGUCCCUACCCCUAAAACCUUUUACUCUGGUGUAAGUGAAUUAGGAGGACGUGGACUACUUUAUUUGCUGUUGCUCUUCCUCGUAAAAAGAUGUGAAUUGACAUAGGACACUUAACUUUUCCUGGUCUGUUUGCUCCUGGUGAACAUCUGCUGAGCAAGUUUCAGUUCAACCCCCCAGCACCUGCAGGUAGGGCUGGGAGAGAACCCAGAACCCCGGAGAGCUGCUGCCAAUCAGUGUAGACAGCACUGAGCUAGAUGGACCCAAAGGUCUAACUCUGUAUAAGGCAGAUUCUUGUGAUCAAGGCGUAUUCCCCCCUUUCCAGAUCCAAUCCCACUUCAAAACAAACAGCCACACCUGUGGGUCUCAAUAGGACGAUGUAUGCUGCACCCAAAUUUAUCUGUCUAAAAAGCUUAGAAUUAUGCAAGAGGGGGGGGGGUGUUUGCAAUGCUUGCCCUACUCAGAAGUGACCCAUUGAAGUUUACAGACAUGACUAAUUUACACAGAGCAGACCCACCAAAAUUAACAAACGUAAGGAUUUUCUCAAAAUGGAUUUUUUUUAAAAAAAAAGAACAACAGCACUAUUAACAGCACUAUUUGUAGCAGAAAUGCCAGAACAGGGUUAAAUCAGGGUUUCUCCAGCUGUUUCGGGACUACAAUUCCCAUCAUCCCUGACCACUGGUCCUGCUAGCUAGGGAUGAUGGGAGCUGCAGUCCAAAAAGAGCUGGUAACCCAAGUUUGGGAAACCCUUGGUUAGAUGAAAUUAGGAGACUAAGGAAAUGGGGUUGGUAAACUUUUUGCACAGGGGUCCCCAAAACUAAGGCCCGGGGGCCGGAUGUGGCCCAAUCGCCUUCUAAAUCCGGCCCGCAGACGGUUCGGGAAUCAGCAUGUUUUCACAUGAGUAGAAUGUGUACUUUUAUUUAAAAUGCAUCUCUGGGUUAUUUGUGGGGCCUGACUGGGGUUUUUACAUGAGUAGAAUGUGUGCUUUUAUUUAAAAUGCAUCUCUGGGUUAUUUGUGGGGCAUAGGAAUUCGUUCAUAUUUUUUUUCCAAAAUAUAGUCUGUCCCCCAACAAGGUCCGAGGGACAGUGGACCGGCCCCCUACUGAAAAAGUUUGCUGACCCCUGCAAGUUUUGCACUUUGCCUUCCGGCAGCAUAGCUGCCAAGUUCUCCCUUUUUUAAAGGGAAAUUCCAUUAUGCUGAAUAGGCUUCCUUGCGAGAAAAGGGAAAACCUGGCAGCUAUGUCCGGCAGCGGGGACCCUAGUUCAGUGGCAGAGAAUCUGCUUGUCAUGCAGAAAACCCCAGAUUUAAUCUCUGCCGUUUCCAGGCAAGGCUGAGACAUCUUGCUUGAAAAACUUAACUGUUGCGUCCAGUCAAUGUUGGCAGUUCUGAGCAAGAUAUACCAAUGGUUUGAUUUGGAGCUUCCUGUUUAUAAAUAGACCCUUUAACUCAAGAGGCAGGAGGACUGGAAUCCUCACUGAAAUGUGGUUGCUCAGUGAUGGAACAUCUGCUUUCCAUUUGGAAUAUUGCAGGUUCACUCUCCACCAUAAAGGGGCUGGGAAAGAUCUGUGCUUCAGACUGAAGAGGGUCUGUGGCUGAGAUGGGCAGCUCUAGGCCAAAGGAACAGAAGGAUUUCAGCUGUGUUAUGCUGGUUGAGUUGCUGAGCCUCUGCCCCUGCACAGGCCAUGUGUCCAGUGUUACGGUAGUGGGGACCAGAUGCGUUAGAAAUAAAUGAGGGCUACUGAAACUGAAUUUAAAAAGUAGCUGAGCCCACAGCCAUAUAUAUAUAUAUAUAAAGCAGGGACAAUAAAAGCUGCACUUACAAUCCAAUUUGCUGAUCCUUGCUGGAAAUCAGAACGAGAGAAUUGGAAGGGACCACGAGGAUCAUCUAGUCCAACCCCCUGCAAUGCAGGAAUCUUGCCCAACGUGGGGCUCGAACCCAUGACCCUGAGAUGAAGUGUCUCAUGCUCUACUUUAAUUCCAUUUAAAGGAAUGCCCCCCUUGCAGAGUUCCUCCCCCCUCCCCAGGUGAAAGUAGCAGUCACAUUUUUUGCACAGCUGUUCUCCUUCAAUCCCAUCUUUCUAAAUCAAUAGCUUGGUCCUUUUCGUAGCUAUCCUUGUGAAACGUGAACUCCGAGGUAAAAUUUCAAUAAUGCCCGUUAUGACCUUGUGACUGUGUUGGAGCCUCAUCCGUGUCUCUUGUGAAAAGGUGUUUUGCAUUAAUAUGGAGGGUUUUUAAAAGAAUAUUAUAUAAAUAUAUAUAUAUAUAUAUAUAUAAGCACUAAGUUUUGUAAAACAGGUUAUGUCAAUAAAUCCUAAAAAUGAUGCUAUUUUAAAAUGCAACCUAAGGCUCUGGGCUGUCUGUUUGUUUUUAAUUGAAAGCAGGGUCGCCUUUUAGAUUUCAAUAUUCUCCUCGAUUAAGAACAGGGGUUCCUAAACUGUGGUCUUUGUGCCUUCAGUGGUCUGCAAGGUUUGUUUGGGCGGCUUGCAUCGUGUCUGUAAAACACAAUUACAAAUU